AUGAGCGGCGGUUCGCCCGCUGGAUCUAACGCAAGGACAUCGCCCAGCAGCAGCGGCGGCGGCGAAGGAGGAGGAGGAGGAGGCGGCGAAGGCUCGGCCGCCGCCUGGUCAGCCCAGCCUUCCGGAGCCGUGUGCCCGGUGUUCUCGCACCUGUCCCCGGAGGACCCCCUGCGCCAGGCGAACCGGCUUCCCAUCAGGAUCCUGAAGAUGCUGAGCGCCCACAGCGGUCACCUCCUGCACCCGGAAUAUCUGCAGCCGCUCUCCUCCACGCCCGUCAGUCCCAUCGAGCUGGACGCGAAGAAGAGCCCCUUGGCGCUCCUGGCGCAAACCUGCUCGCAGAUCGGCAAGCCGGAUCCGCCGCCCGCUUCCAAACUCAACUCCGGCGCGGCCGCCGGGCUGUCUGGGCCGGACAAGGAGUCAAGCGGCCGCGCCGCCAGUGCCGGAGCCGGCAGCGCCCUCAAGCAACUGGGCGACGCGCCCGCCGAGGAUAAGUCGAGCUUCAAGCCGUAUUCCAAAGGCGGCGGCGGCGGCAGCAGCGGCGGCGGCGAUCCGCGGAAAGACGGCGGCGUGCCGCCGAGCCAGGCCGCCUCGGGCGCGGAGAAGAACGGCUUCCGAGUUCCCAGCGCCGCCUGCCCACCUUUCCCUCCGCUGGCCGCCUCUUCCUCUUCCACCUCCUCCUCUCCGGGCGGCUCGAGGGGCAAUUCCCCGCAGCACUCGGACUGCAGAGGCCUGGAUGAGAAGAAGGAGUCGGAGAUCGUGGCCAAAGGCAGUCCCGAGGGAGCGACAGGAGCCGGAGGUACCCGGGCGCGCGCCGGCAGCGUGGAACCCGGGACGCAAAGCGAGGCGGCUUCGGGGCGCAAGUCCGAACCUUCGGCCUUGGCGUCGGCCGGCCACGUGGCGCCGGUGUCUCCUUACAAGCCGGGUCAUUCGGUGUUUCCUUUGCCCCCCUCCGGCAUCGGCUACCACGGCUCCAUCGUGGGGGCGUACGCGGGUUACCCUUCCCAGUUCGUACCCGGCUUAGAUCCUACCAAGCCUAGCCUGGUGAGCAGCAGCCAACUGCCGGGGGGCUUGGGGCUCCCGGGAAAGCCCCCCAGCUCCAGCCCGCUGACGGGGGCCUCCCCGCCUUCCUUCAUGCAGGGAUUAUGCCGAGACCCCUAUUGCCUGAGCUACCACACCGCCUCCCACCUGGGCACCAGCAACUGCUCCAGCUGCGUCCACGACCCGGGCAGCCUGAAAAGUGGAUAUCCCCUGGUGUAUCCCACCCACCCGCUCCACAGCGCCCUGACCUCCAGCGCCACGCCCAGCCUCUCCGGCCAUUCGCUCUACACCUACGGCUUCAUGCUGCAGAACGACGCGCUGCCCCACAUAUGCAACUGGGUGUCCGCUGGUGGACCUUGCGACAAGAGGUUUGCCACCUCCGAGGAACUCCUGGCCCAUUUAAGGACACACACGACUCUGCCUGGGGCGGAAAAACUUUUGGCUGGUUAUCCUACCUCGGGGCUGGGCUCUGCUGCGUCCUGCCACCUCCACCUCCCGCCUGGCGCCCCGGGGAGCCCCAGCUCCUUACCCGGAUCUCUGUCGUUGAGAAGCCCGCAGACUUUGGGACUAAACCGCUACCAUCCCUACGGCAAAAGCCAUUUGCCGACGGCGGGGACCUUGCCGGUCCCUUCCUUGCCUGCAGCUGGACCCUACUACUCCCCCUACGCCCUUUAUGGCCAAAGACUGACCUCAGCCUCUGCACUUGGAUAUCAGUAACUCCAGCAGCCCUGCGCUCUCUCUCUUGCGACCUCGCCUCCGGGAGUGUGUAUUUAUUUCCUGUAUGUUAGCUUAAAGCUGGGAAAAUAAGUGCAUUAAUACACCAAUGAAUCAAUGGUAUGCAAAACGUCUGUGUCCCCCCCCACUUUUCCAAAAUCUGACCCACUUUUAUCUUUUUUUAAGCAAAACGUUUUAUCCAUGUUGGGGGGGGG